GGGCCCGAGAGCUUUUGCGUUCAACAAGUGCGUAGCAAAGCAGAACAAUGAAACCACGUGGUCGCACAUGGGCUUUUUGCGUUCAUACCUUCGUUUGUAUCUUGAAUUUCGUACGGAGGGCCGAUCCAGCCAUCCAAUGCCAAUCAUGAAGAGCAGCGUAUCCAGGCUCAGCCCCACCCAACCACAGGCAGGGCCUGUAAAACUGCUGGAGGAAAGGCUGCUGGGCAAGAGCAUGCCUGCUGAGAAUAACCCUUUUGAGGUGACAGACACAGUCGAUCAGACGAACCCUUUUGCAGAGGACUUAAACCCGUUCCAUGAGGGGGAGGGGGAGGAAGGGGCAGAGGGCAUCCAGCUGCUCAAUACAAGCCUGCCAUCAGGUGAAGCGACCACGCCCAAGAAAAAUGGCGUCGAUAAGCACCCUGCCUUGGGGGCAUCGCUGAAGAAGGCCUUCAGGAUGAGCAAGAAACCAGGCCGAGGCCCCACUGAGGACCAGGGUGAAGAGAAGAAGCCGUUCUUCAAAUUUCCGUCGCCUCUCUCCGAUCCAGAGACGCCUUGGAAAGGCCCGGAGAAGAAGGGGGCCCGCCAGCGUUCGGAGGAGCUGAGCUCGCCGGUGAAGCUCGGAGACGGGAUGGAGAAGGAGGGCCCGGCCGAGACGUCGCCCAGGAAGAUGAUGUCCUUCCUCAAACGGACCAAGGCUAAGGCGGAGUCGCCGACAGAGAGAGUGGAGCUCGGGGGUGGGGCGGACAGAAAGAAGGAGACGCUGCCCGAAGUCAGGGAACCCCUCUCAGUGCUCGAGAUCCACAAACUGAUCGAGAGGAGAGAGCUGGUGCUUGCGAACAGCCACAUUGUGGAGUUGGAGGCGGAGGAGGAGGUUGAGAGGGUGAGGAACGCCGAGGGGGGCAAAGAUGGCAGCAGAAAGGCGAAGGACGUCGAGCUGCUGUACGAGGCACUGGAGGGCGAGCUGAAGAAGAUUGUCGCCGAGUCCCUCAGCCAAGCCCCGGAGAUGACGCACCUGGAGCAGCUGGUGCAGACAAUCGAGGAGGAGGAGAAGGUGGACAGGGCGUGGACCACCCGAGGAGGUCUCCCUGGGGGCCCCAGGCCCAGGAAGCUGCGUCAAAAAUGGCGGGAAAUGGUGAGGGACUCGGUGGCCGCGAGAUUGUCCAGUUGCCAGGGCGACGCCCCAAUCGACCAGCGCCUGAAACACCUCAAAGAGCAGAUCACGGGCGACCUGAGAACCGUCCGAAAGAAUCUCAUUCUGGCCUACCCAAAGGAGUACGAUGCGUUCAAUGUCCACGUUAACAGCUACCACGAGGUGGUUUCCUCCUGCCUCGCCGAGAUGGCCCGGAAGGAUCUAGAAAUUCACCAACUCUACAGCUUCCUCCAAUGGUGCCACAACGAUUACUUCAGAGAUGUGGUGGGACACGAGGAACUUGCUGCACAUAUCAGAAAACAGCAGCUGAAACCAUUGCUACCACCAGAGACCGUGCAGCAGCUCGAGGACAGAUGCAUUGCCCUGGUGAAGACGCAGAUUACGGAAAAUAUGGAUGAGGAGCUCAGCGUAGAGAAAGAGAAAUGGCAGCAGGGGACUGACACCUAUCAAUCAGAACUGUCAACCAAGGUGAUCCAGCUCCUGACAGACCAUGUGGAGAACUCUGCUGCAGUCACUCAGGAGCUCGGGGCUCGGGUUGCUCUCUGCUGCCUCUCUGGCCUGGCUGACUUACUGCAAAGAAGUAGAGGUCAUUCUACACAUGUUUUGUCAACGCAAAUUGGUUAUAACGCGAUUGACGAAUUGUGGACGAGGUUUGGACAACACAAGCUUGCUCCUGAAUGGUCCCACUUCGCUGUCCAGCCUCUUGACUCUCCCGUUGGCUUCUGCAGGGACUACAUCGAGCGUCUGAGGCAGAAGGUCUCCAGUGAUGGUGAAGAAGAAGCCAAGAAAGCGUUGACUUCCCUGGACAGAGUGGUGAAGGGAGGGAACGAGAUGCUAACACAGAGGCUGCUCGAGGAGCUAAAGCCAAACUUCUCAAAGCUGCUGAAAAGCAAGUGGCUGCAAAACAAGGAGAUCUUCGAAAGUAUCACCACCGUCAUCAAGAAACACUUCAACCAGUUUCGAAAAAUGAAAAACCUCCCCUACCAGGAUUUGGCGAAUGGUCUUCACAGGAAGGUGGUCGCUGAGUAUGUGAGGGCAGUGGUGCAGACGAGAAUGGUGUGCAGCUCAGCCGACAUGAGAAUGAAAGUGGCAGGACAGCUGACUAAAGAGUCUGUGGAGCUCAGGGAGAUGUUUGCAAACCUGGAUUCGAGUGCCUCAUGGCUGGAUGCUGCUAUUGAACACCUGGCUGAGAUUAUCUCGCUGAAGGAUACUUCAUCCAUCCAGAUGGAAGUCGGGGCCUUGGCGAACAGUUACCCCGAUGUUCGGAAGGAGCACAUCGAGGCCCUGCUGAACAUACGGGGAGACAUCAGCCACCAAAACCGCCAGAGCAUCUUGGAGACGCUCCGAGACUUUGACGGCAACGACGGCGGCUCCACCUUGUCUCGCGACAGGGCGCUAUUUGCUGAGAUCGAUGCCACCCCAGUUGUGCAGUGUGCCAACCUCAACCUGAGCUGGGCUUUGCGAUGCUUCUCCGUGUUCCGCCGACGCAGCGUGCGCGUCAGGUGACCCGGUGGAGCUGGGAUCCUGAUGGGAAAUGCAACCCCCCCACCCCCCCGCCUCACCCCCGCCCCCUCCCCCCACAACUCCUGUCGCCUGUGAAUAGCAAAGAGAAUAAUCCCGGAAAUUAUCACAAACUGCUGAUUGGAGGUCGACUGAUUGGCAGAUGCGUCGUGGAUUUACUUUGGACAAGUCGGAGCCUGAUCCUGACCAUGUUUGAGAGGACGCAAGCAGAGUCUGGAGACCAGAGAGUCAGAAUCCAUCACUUCCCGCUCCGAUCCCCAGUGGUAAAUCCAUCCCAAAGUGAUUGGGAUAUCCAAUAUGGCGCCCAUUGACUCACUCAGAGAGGGCACAUUGACAUGGAUAGUAGGAAAGACACUAACCUGGCACUAUUUGGAGUCAAAUAGUAGGUAAACUGUACCUAAGAUGGUGUCAAAAGUGGCAACAUAGGAAACUUUUCACUGCGCUCAGUCGUGUGCACGUGACAAUAAAGCUCAUUCAAUUCAAA